ACAAUUUUUAUUUAUUUAUUUAUAUCGAAAGAGAUAACAAACCACUUCUCUUUCCCAUCGCAUUGUUGGUGAAAAAGAAUAAAAUAACACACCAACACACCUUGCCCUCGCCCCACCACAACCAGCUAAAGUAAAUUGUGAAGAUAAAGCAAAAAUUGUAUUUGAUGAUUGUACACAUGCAUACAUUCGUUAAUUAAUGAGUUUAAUAUCGCAUAACAUUCGUCGAUAUUGGGUUUACAGGCAAUGAACGUCGUCGCGUUUUGUUGAUGGUCAAGGUUCAGUGAGUGAAGACGAUACAAAAAAGCAUAUUGCAGGAUUUUAUAAACGCCACUUCGCAACAACGAAGCCAUUGAUAAUCAUUUGUCUUUAUUUAAUUGCAAGAAAGUAAAAUACAGUGUUCAAUAUGAGUGAAGUGAAAUAUGUGGGUGCCAUUGAUGAGGGUACAUCGUCGGCUCGUUUCAUAAUCUUUAAAGCGGGAACAGACGAAAUUGUAUGUUAUCAUCAAAUCGAAGUUCCUUCGAUAUAUCCUCAAGAAGGUUGGGUGGAACAGGAUCCUCUACUCAUCUAUGACAUUGUCAAAUCAUGUAUUGACGAGAGCUGCCGCAAGUUGGAGAAACUUGGUGGCAAUGUUAAGGAUAUUGUUGCUGUAGGUGUUACCAACCAAAGAGAAUCGGUAAUUGUGUGGAAUCGUCAUACCGGCGAACCACUCCACAAUGCAAUUAUAUGGUUGGAUAAUCGUACCACUACCACCGUAGACGACCUAAUAGAGUCAAUUCCUAACAAAUCCAAAAAUAUUAAUUACUUGAAACCGUUAUGUGGCUUACCAUUAUCACCCUACUUUUCAGCAUUGAAAUUACGAUGGCUGCGUGACAAUGUAACAGUUGUUAAAAAGGCAAUGGACAACGGGGAUGCUAUGUUUGGAACCAUAGAUUCUUGGCUGAUUUACAAUUUGACUGGUGGGGCUAAAAACGGUGGGAUCCAUUUAACCGAUGUCACUAAUGCUUCGCGCACCAUGCUAAUGAACAUCGAAACCUUAAGAUGGGAUCCUCAUUUAAUGAAAUUCUUCGGUCUACCCAAUACAAUUUUGCCAAAAAUAGUUUCAAGCUCCGAGUACUAUGGAGUUAUCAAAGACUCUGAGAUCAAAGGAGUACCAAUAACAGCUUGUUUGGGCGAUCAACAGGCUGCUUUGGUGGGUCAGCAAUGUUUGCAUAGAGGUCAAGCUAAAGCCACAUAUGGCACUGGAUGUUUCCUUCUAUACAACACGGGUACAGCAAUAGUAACCUCAUCCCAUGGUUUAUUAACUACGGUUGGCUAUCAAUUUGGCAAGGAUUCUCAUCCGGUAUACGCCCUAGAGGGUAGUGUAGCCAUUGCAGGAGUUGCACUCACUUGGUUGCGUGAUAAUUUGGGAUUGUUCGAAUCACUGGGACAAGUGGAAGCUAUGGCACGUUUGGUAGACAAUUCACUAGAUGUAUACUUUGUGCCAGCAUUUAGUGGUCUGUAUGCACCUUAUUGGAAUCAAGAGGCUAGAGGAGUUAUAUGUGGUCUUAGUGAAGAGACUACCAGCGAGCAUAUUGUCCGUGCAACAUUGGAGUCUAUUUGUUUCCAAGUUCGUGAUAUUUUAGAUUCCAUGAAAAAGGAUUGUGGUAUACCAUUGGCUAAGUUGAUGGUAGAUGGCGGCAUGACUGUUAAUGCCUUAUUCCUUCAACUACAAUGCGAUUUGGUGGGAAUAAAUGUUAUUCGUUCAAAAAUUGCCGAAACUACAGCUCUAGGAGUUGCCUUAGCAGCAUAUCGUGUCAUUGAACCAUCAUUUAACAUUGAAGAUGGUUUAUCCGUUGGCGAGGAGAGGGUCCAGUAUAAACCGAUAAUAUCGGAAAACGAACGUGAUGUACGCUAUCACAAAUGGAAGAUGGCUGUGGAGCGUUCCAUUGGAUGGGAUACCUCUGCUACGGGAAGUGGCAAUCGUGAUUUAUUUGAUUAAGGCCUAAAAAAAAUCUGGUUUAACUUUCUGGUACUUAUUUCCACCAUUGGAUUUUACAUUUUAGUAGUAUAGAUUGAAUAUACGGGUUAAUACAAUGACACAUUCGUGCUGUAUGAAGUAGUUUUUAUUAUAUGGUAUAACCAAACAUAAUUUAUGGUUAAUAAAAAGUAUAUACAAUAUGAUAUAUAAAACAAA